AUGUCGACGGAGGACGAGAAGCUCCUCAAGGAGGCGAAGAAGUUGCCGUGGGACGAGCGGCUGCAGCAUAAGAACUGGAAGGUGAGGAAUGACGCAAACAUCGACCUCGCCGCCCUAUGCGACUCCAUCACCGACCCUAAGGACGCCCGCCUCCGCGAAUUCGGGCCGUUGUUUAAGAAGACGGUUGCAGAUUCCAAUGCGCCGGUACAGGAGAAGGCGCUAGACGCCCUCCUCGCGUUCCAGCGAGCUGCUGACGCCGAUGCAUCAAGAUACGCGAAGGAGGUUUGUGAUGCAAUCGUGGCCAAGUGCCUCACUGGCCGACCAAAGACUGUCGAGAAAGCUCAAGCUGCAUUCCUCCUAUGGGUGGAACUGGAGGCAGCAGAGGUCUUCCUUGAAUCUAUGGAGAAGGCCGUGAAGAACAAAGUGGCUAAAGCAGUUGUACCUGCUAUUGAUGUGAUGUUUCAAGCACUCAGCGAAUUUGGAACUAAGGUAGUGCCACCCAAAAAGAUUCUGAAGAUGCUUCCUGAGCUGUUUGACCAUCCAGACCAGAAUGUCCGGGCUUCUUCUAAGGGUUUGACACUAGAGCUUUGUCGGUGGAUUGGCAAAGACCCUGUAAAGUCUAUUUUAUUCGAGAAGAUGAGAGAUACCAUGAAAAAGGAGUUGGAAGCAGAAUUGGCAAACGUGUCCGGACUUGCUAAGCCAACUCGAAAAAUAAGAUCCGAACAAGAAAAGGAACUUGAGGAGGAGGCUGUGCCAGAGACAAGUGGGGCUAACACUUCUGAAGAGGCAGCGGCAGAUGCCCCUGUGGAGAUCGAUGAAUAUGACCUUGUUGAUCCUGUAGACAUUUUAGCCCCACUAGAAAAGUCUGGAUUCUGGGACGGUGUGAAAGCAACUAAAUGGUCGGAGAGAAGGGAUGCUGUGGCAGAGUUAACCAAGCUUGCUUCGGCAAAAAAAAUUGCUCAUGGUGAUUUUCAUGAAAUUUGCCGGACACUAAAGAAGCUCAUCACAGAUGUUAAUUUGGCUGUUGCGGUGGAAGCUAUUCAGGCAAUAGGGAAUUUAGCUAGAGGUUUAAGAGCCCAUUUUUCUGGAAAUGCACGGAUGCUCCUUCCGGUUUUACUUGAAAAAUUGAAAGAAAAAAAGCCUACAAUGGCAGAAGCACUAAAUCAAACACUUCAAGCAAUGCACAAGUCUGGCUGUUUUACACUUAUUGAUGUGAUUGAAGAUGUUCGGGUGGCUGUAAAAAACAAGGUGCCCCUUGUUCGUUCCUCAACGCUGACCUGGGUUGCAAUUUGCAUUGAAACAAGAAAUAAAGCAACUGUACUGAAGUUGCACAAGGAAUAUGUUCCUAUCUGCAUGGAGUGCUUGAAUGAUGGUACUCCAGAAGUACGAGAUGCUUCUUUUUCUGUUUUAACUGCCAUAGCCAAGAUGGUUGGUAUGAAACCAUUGGAACGAUCCCUGGAGAAAUUAGAUGAUGUGAGGAAAAAGAAGUUAUCAGAUAUGAUAGGUUCUUCCAGUGACACUGUUUUGAGUUCAGGGACAGCUCCAAUCACAACAUCAGGAGCAGCCACAUCUGCUCGCGGGGUUGCAGAUAGCAUGUCAAUGAAGAGAUCUGCCGCAAGCAUGCUUAGUGGAAAGAAGCCUGUCCAGGCAGCGGCUGCUACCAAGAAAUCUGGACCAUCAAAAUCCACUGCAGCAAAAAAGACAGAUGGUGGAUCACAGUCUAAGACAUCAGCUGCUCCUGAGAUUGAAGACGUUGAGCCGGCAGAAAUGAGUUUGGAGGAAAUAGAAGAGAGGUUAAGGUCUGUUGUGAAAGCUGAGACAAUUUCCCAGCUAAAGAGCUCUGUCUGGAAAGAGCGCCUUGAAGCUAUUGGCAUACUCAAGCAAGAGGUGGAAAGUCUUACGGAACUUGAUAAGUCCGCUGAACUUCUGAUUCGUUUGUUGUGUGCUGUGCCUGGAUGGAGCGAAAAGAAUGUUCAGGUACAACAACAAGUUAUAGAGGUCAUCACCUAUAUUGCCUCAACUGUAAACAAAUUUCCAAAGCGAUGUGUGGUUCUAUGCCUUCUUGGUGUAAGUGAAAGGGUUGCUGAUAUAAAAACACGGAUCUUUGCAAUGAAAUGUCUCACUGCGUUUUGUGAGGCAGUGGGUCCUGGAUUUGUGUUUGAUAGGCUUUACAAAAUAAUGAAGGAGCACAAGAAUCCCAAGGUCCUAAGUGAGGGUAUUCUUUGGAUGGUCUCUGCUGUGGAAGACUUUGGGAUCUCCAAUUUAAAGCUAAAGGACAUGAUUGAUUUUUGCAAAGACAUCGGUCUUCAGUCAAGUACUGCUGUAACAAGAAAUGCUACUAUAAAACUAAUUGGGAUGCUACAUAAGUUUGUGGGCCCAGAUAUUAAAGGCUUUUUAAGUGAUGUUAAACCAGCACUUCUAAGUGCCCUGGAUACUGAAUAUGAGAAAAAUCCUUUUGAGGGUGUUGCUGCUGCUCCGAAGAGAACAGUUCGAGUUCUGGAUACUGCAUCUUCCACAUCUGCCGGCUCGUCUGAUGGGUUGCCACGGGAAGACAUUAGUGCUAAGAUUACACCUACUUUACUAAAAAAUCUAGGCAGUCCGGACUGGAAGGUACGACUGGAGUCCAUAGACGCAGUCACCAAAAUUGUGGAGGAUGCUAAUAAACGUAUCCAGCCUACAGGAACAGCUGACCUGUUCAGUGCGCUUAGAGGCCGUCUUUAUGACAGCAACAAAAAUUUAGUAAUGGCAACCUUGUCCACUAUUGGUAGCCUUGCAUCUGCUAUGGGACCUUCUGUUGAAAAGUCAAGCAAGGGUAUUUUGGCAGAUGUGCUGAAGUGUCUUGGUGACAAUAAGAAGCAUAUGCGAGAAUGCACUUUGACUGCUCUAGAUUCGUGGGUUGCUGCAGCCCAACUUGACAAGAUGGUUCCAUAUAUUAUAGUGUCUUUGGGUGAUCAGAAAACAGGUUCAGAAGGGCGAAAAGAUCUCUUUGAUUGGUUGUCUAAGCAUGUUUCAAAAAUGGGUGAUCCAUCUGAGGCUUUGCCUUUGUUGAAGCCAUCUGCAUCUUCUUUGAUGGAUAAAUCUUCUGAAGUCCGCAAAGUUGCUGAAUCCUUUAUGAAUGAAAUUCUCAGGAUCUGUGGCCAAGAAGUGGUUGGAAGGAACUUGAAAGAUUUGCCAUCACCUACUUUGGCCAUUGUAUCAGAAAGGCUGAAACUGUCUACUGUACAUGAAGGAUUUUCUGAAUCUGUUAAGAUGGUGACAACAAGCAUGAGUUUGCCAUCAAAAGCAGGUUUGAAGAACAAUAAGCAUGGUCCUAAUGAUCGUGGUUCUAAUGUGGGCAAACCUGUGUCCCAAAGAGGACUUCCAGCUAGAGCAUCUGUUACUAUGGUUUCUACUCAAGACCCUGCACAAUCCCAGGCAUUAUUUAACAUAAAGGACUCAAACAAGGAAGAGCGGGAGAGGCGUGUUUUGGUAAGAAAAUUCAAGUUCGAAGAACCGCGUCGAGAGCAGAUUGAUGAACUAAAGAUUGAUUUGUUUAAGCAUUUCCGAGAAGAUGUAAGCUUGCGAUUAUGGAACUCAGACUUUAAGAGGCAAAUAGAUGGUAUUGAAUUGCUACAAAAGGCACUUCCUUCGAGUGGGAAAGAAGUGAUUGAACUUCUUGACAUACUAUUAAGAUGGUUUGUCUUACGCUUUUGUGAAUCUAACACAACAUGUUUGUUGAAGGUCCUUGACUUUCUUCCUGAGCUUUUUGAUAUUCUAAAAGACCAGUCUUACAUGUUGACAGAAGCUGAAGCUGCAAUUUUUCUUCCUUGCCUCAUAGAGAAGUCUGGUCAUAACAUUGAAAAAGUCAGGGAAAAAAUGGGGGAGCUGAUAAAGCAAAUGGUCAACAUUUAUUCUCUUCCCAAACUACUUCCUUAUGUUCUUGAGGGGCUCCGCUCCAAGAAUAACCGGACAAGGAUAGAAUGUGUUGAUAUUAUUGGAUACUUCAUUGACCAUCAUGGGACUGAGGUUGGUGGGUUGAUGAAAAACUUGCCAUCUGUUGCAGCACUGACAGCAGAGCGUGAUGGUGAGAUUAGGAAAGCUGCCCUUAAUACGCUUGCAACAGCCUACAAGAACCUUGGGGAUGAUGUAUGGCGAUAUGUUGGAAAACUCUCAGAUGCCCAAAGAAGCAUGCUCGAUGAUAGGUUUAAAUGGAAGGCAAGGGAAAUGGAUAAAAGGAGAGAAGGAAGGCCUGGUGAUGCUCGAGCAGCUUUGAGGCGUUCACUUAGGGAGAAUGGGUCUGAUAUAGCAGAACAAAGCGGAGAAGUAGUCUCCCGUUCAGUGUCAGGAUCAAUGAUCUCAAGGGACUUCGGAUAUGCGGAUGCUCAUAUGGAUAGGCACAUGGUACCUAGGCAGAUUCCAGCUGCAACUGGUCCUGCGGACUGGCGUGAAGCUCUCAAGAUAGUUGCAUUGGGUUUGCCUGAGCAGUCCGUGGAAGGUAUGAAAGUUAUAUGCCAUGAGCUAACGCAGGCAGCUGACCCUGAAAGCACGGUGCUUGAAGAUCUUAUUAAGGAAGCUGACAGAUUAGUGUCAUGCUUGGCUGUUAUGGUUCCAAAAACCUUCAAUUUUAGCUUAUCUGGGGCCUCUUCAAGGUCUUGCAAAUAUGUUUUAAACACACUCAUGCAGACAUUUCAGAUCAAACGUCUUGCUCAUGCUGUGAAGGAGGGUACCCUUGACAACCUUAUUACGGAGUUACUUCUUUGGCUUUUAGAUGAAAGGGUUCCUCUUAUGGAUGAUGGCAGCCAAUUACUCAAAGCACUUAAUGUUUUAAUGCUUAAAAUCCUGGAUAAUGCUGAGAGAACAUCCUCGUUUGUUGUGCUAAUUAAUUUGCUGAGGCCUUUGGAUCCUUCAAGAUGGCCAUCGCCUACACCAGCAGAGUCUCUUGCUGUAAAAAAUCAGAAGUUUUCGGACUUAGUUGUCAAAUGUUUAAUUAAGUUGACAAAGGUUCUUCAGAGUACAAUGUAUGAAGUUGACCUCGAUCGAAUUCUUCAGAGCAUCCACAUUUAUUUACAAGAACUGGGAAUGGAAGAAAUACGGAGAAGGGCUGGUGCUGAUGAUAAGCCAUUAAGAAUGGUCAAAACCGUAUUGCAUGAACUUGUGAAGCUUCGAGGGACAGCAAUAAAGGGUCACCUUUCAAUGGUUCCUAUAGAUGCUGAACCUCAGCCAAUAAUUCUAGCAUACAUUGAUCUUAAUCUCCAGACCCUUGCAGCUGCUAGAAUGCUGACGCCAUCAGGACCUAUGGGUCAAACUCACUGGGGUGAUGCUGCGUCAAACAAUCCAAAUCCAUCUAGUCACUCAGCUGACGCGCAAUUGAAGCAAGAGCUUGCUGCUGUCUUCAAGAAAAUUGGUGACAAGCAAACAUGUACUAUUGGCCUUUAUGAACUGUAUCGGAUAACUCAGCUCUACCCAAAGGUUGAUAUAUUUGCUCAGCUUCAGAAUGCUAGUGAAGCAUUUAGAACCUAUAUCAGAGAUGGGCUAGCUCAGGUGGAGAAGAAUGCAGCAGCUGGAAGAACGCCCUCUAGUCUUCCAUUAUCCACACCGCCCCCAAUAGCAGCAAUACCCUCUCCAAAGUUUGCACCAUCCCCUGUUCACACAAAAUCAAUUGAUAGCAAAACGGAUUAUAACGAAGAUAAUGCCAGUGGUGAGACACUACCCUUCAGAGGUCAAGGUGACGCUACCGACCAACAGACUGAGAGAUACCAGACCUCAGGGACAUUGGAUGCUCUUAGGGAAAGGAUGAAAAGCAUUCAAGCUGCAGCUAUAGGUCAUUUUGACGGAGCUCAGGCUCGGCCGUUGGCAAGUAUGAACGGAAGUAAUAUGCUGCAUGGGGGAACCCGAUUGGAUGGUGAACCCCAACAACAAAGCAAUAUUCCACCCAUGGAUGAACGAGCUCUAUCUGGGCUGCAAGCACGAAUGGAGAGGCUAAAGAGUGGGUCUAUGGAAUCACUAUAG